AUGAGAUUUCUCAACUUUCAAGCGUUCACAGUUCUCUCAUUAUGCUUCACAAUCAGCAGCGCACUAGUGAUUCCUUCAAUAGCUAGAAGAGAACAAUCGAAAAUACCAGACUAUCAUGCACCAAGCUCUUUGAACCAUACUUUAAAUUCUAGCUCAGAAACUGUACCAAUUUACAAUGGUGGUGCAAAUCUGAUUCCUCAUAAAUACAUUGUGAUAUUCAAAGAUAAUCUUCUGGCAAACGAUAUGAUUCAACAUAAGCAAGUGAUUCAAAAUAAACAAGUUAUUGCAGCCUCAAGUAUAAAUGAUACUCAACACUCGUUCUUCAAUGCCACAAGGGCAGCAAAUAAUACUUCUACAAAUGGUGGGAUCAUCACAGAGUUUAAUGUCACCAACAAUUUCAUUGGAUAUGCCGGAUUCUUUUUACCAGAAACCCUUGAAACAAUCACCGAGAGUAACACCGUUAAGUAUAUCGAGCAAGAUACCUUUAUAACUGCCCAGAAUGAGUUCAUAACACAAUACGAAGCACCUUGGGGGCUCGAAAGAAUCUCUCAGCGUGAUAAAGUGCCAUAUCAGCCAUCUGGUCCGUUUGUAUUUGCUGAUUAUGCCGGCGAAGGGGUAAAUAUCUACGUUGUUGAUACUGGUAUCCAAAUAUCUCAUAAAGAUUUCAAUGGCAGGGUCAUUGGCGAAGUUAAUUUCUCUCAAGAUGAAAAUGGUGAUCUCCAAGGCCAUGGAACUCAUGUUGCUGGUACUGCAGCUGGAGAGUUCUACGGUGUGGCAAAGAAGGCCAAUAUCAUAUCGGUGAAGGUCUUGGAUAAUAAUAAACAGUCCUCGUGCACCCAACUCAUCCAGGGGUUGCAAUGGACCAUCAAUGACCACCAUCAAAGAUCCAACACUCCAGGGUUCCGGGGGUCGGUGAUUAACGCAUCGAUAGGCGGUAGCUUGUCGAUAGCUGUUAAUAACCUCAUUGAGGCAGCAGUAUUUCUGGGGAUCCAUGUUGUGGUUGCUGCUGGAAAUUCUGGUGAUGAUGCCUGUAACUAUUCUCCAGCAGCAUCGCCUCUGGCGAUCACCGUUGGUGCCACUACGGUAAACGACACCAGAGCCGAUUUUUCUAAUUACGGUCUGUGCGUGGAUAUUUGGGCCCCAGGAUUGGAUAUCCAAUCCGAUUACAUUGGUCCAAGCAACCAGGAGGUAGCCUGGCUCAGUGGGACCUCGAUGGCUUCACCACAUGUUGCGGGGGUUGUUGCUUAUUUGCUUUCGUUAGUUCCCGAAGCAGAAUCGGAAUUUAAAAUUCUGAAUAUAGUAUUAAGCCCAGCCAAUGUCAAGAGAGCUCUACAGGCAUUAGGUAGCAAAGGAAAAUUGUCGGGGGUCAAUAGUCAAGAAAUUCCAAAUGAUUAUUUGUUGUUUAAUGGUGCCAAUACCGUUAGUGAUUAUCUGCAGUUUUAUAAGUCCAUGUCUUGGUGA